AGUACUUGGGUGGAACCUUGAGUCAGAUGGUUCAGCAGUACUCGGGUAGACUCUGGGAACAGAUGCUGUGACUUCAUAGUCAAAGAGGACACGGAGACUUAUGAACACUGUGAAGAUAGAAUGUCAGAGGACGUGGAACCAUAUCUGUAAACAACUGAUGGAAACAUAUUAACUAGUGUUUUUUUCGCGUGAAGAGGAAAGAUAUUUUAUUUGACAUUUUCCCACCAAUCUACAUUUCUGGACGGGUUGAUUCUUUCAUUUAAAGACAAAGUUAUGGCUGACUUGACUGGACUCAGCCAAUCAUGCUGUGUAUAGUGAUUAGUGACGGUACCUGGUGUAAGGAAAGAAAUUAAUCGUACGUAAAUAUAACACCAACAAUGGAAACCGAUUUACCCAACCGCAUUCGAGUUAAACUUUUUAAACGUCACGAGGAUGGCCUAGGGUUUCUGAUCAAGCCCCGCACACAGAAACCGUUUGUGGCAGUAUCGGCGUUGGUAGCUGGGGGGCUAGCCGAACAGAGCGGAUUGGUCCAUAUAGGUGAUACCGUUAUACGUGUUAAUGAAAUCGACAUAUCGGAAAAGAGUUAUGAUGACGCUGUUGAGUUAUUGAAGGCUCUUCCCGUUGACGCCCCCGUUGCAUUGAUACUUCGUGGUCCUGAUGGCUAUUCUACCCACCUAGAAACUACCUUCCGCGAGAACGGUGUGCCGAGAACGAUCCGAGUCACUCGGAAGAUUGUCAACAAUGACUCUAUUGUAAGCAGAAUCAGGCGGACCUUCUCUAGAGCAUCGUCUGCUUCGCCGAAUAGGAAUGAUCAGCGAAGCGUCAGUCCGUGCCGGAAUAGGACCAGACGGUUAGAGGAUAAACGUACAGAAGGGUGCUUUGUUGAUAACCAGUGCUGCAUUUGUGAUAUUGACCAAAAUUUCCCAAUUGUUCCAAACUGCAAUGGUACGUCGCACAAAAAUCAGAAAUUCCAGGUGAAAGACGCGGAAUCGCAAACAAAAUCAAACUCGCCAACAAUUAUGAGUAAGAAUAACUCCAAUCAAUGUGAUCACUCCCCAACCAUCGUGGUUACUCGUCCUGCGAGCCAAGGCGACUCGGACGUUACGGACGCUGACGUCAAAUUACGCGGCAGAUUAUCGAACACGGACCGGCCAACGACGGCGGUGACAUCUGGUGGCCAUAUCGACCAGCAUGAUAAUAAAAAGAUUGAAAUUCGUCAAAAUACUGAGAAAAUUACGGUGGUGGUGAAGGAGAACGGGGAUCUGAGUAAAAACCACAAGGGAAGUAUGUCUACCGGUAAGGAAAAUGGCGUGAUUGAAAAUAACAAAUUACUGAAUAGUGUAGUGGAUAACAAGUCCACAUUGAUAACAAAUGGAGAGCAUAUUGAGGACCGAGCCAAGCAAAGGAGGGACAGUUUCAGCAAUAUCAACUUAUACAGUCCUACAUCUCAAAGGAGGCGUUCAUCCAUGGCCGCGGUCAGUCCCAAAAAAUACGUAAAACUGAGAAAUUACGCUGAUGAAAAACAAGUAUUCAAUGAUACACUCCACACCAAAGUAUCCCAGUCAGUACCAUGUGGAAACUCCAGAUGUUUAGGUUCUAUAAUGACCCAUCCGCCCAGUCGACCCAUCGGAGAACCUCGUCCACAGGAGGAGCUGUUGGCGCAGGCAAAGGAAUUUAUCGACGAAUACUACACGUCCAUCAAAAGAUUAAACACAGAGGCCCACCAGAAACGAUGGCAGGAGGUGGAGUCGAGUAUAGAGAAAAGGGGCACAUAUGAACUGGCUACAAACGAGUUAACAUAUGGAGCGAAGACUGCAUGGAGGAAUGAGGCCAGGUGUAUUGGGCGCAUCCAGUGGAAUAAAUUACAGGUAUUUGACGCACGUCACAUAACAACGGCACGUGGAAUGUUUGAGGCUAUCUGUAACCACAUCAAAUACGGCAAUAACAAAGGCAAUAUCAGAUCGGCCAUCACUAUUUUCCCGGCCCGGACAGACGGUAAACACGACUUCCGGGUGUGGAAUUCCCAGUUGAUCCGGUAUGCGGGCUACAAGGAGGCUGACGGGUCUGUGAUAGGAGAUCCAGCAAGCGUCGAGUUCACAGAGGUGUGCCAGAAGAUGGGAUGGAAGGGCAGAAAUGGCAUGUUUGACGUCCUGCCUUUAGUACUUCAAGCUAAUGGACUCGACCCAGAGUUGUUCGAAAUUCCUCAGGACCUUGUUAUGGAAGUUAAUCUUAAACAUCCCAAGUUCCCGUGGUUUGCCGACAUGGGUCUGAAAUGGUACGGGUUGCCUGCCGUUAGUUCCUUACUGUUUGACUGUGGUGGGUUGGAGUUUACAGGCGCACCAUUCAAUGGCUGGUACAUGGGCACAGAGAUCGGAGCAAGGGAUUUCUGUGAUGCUCAAAGAUAUAACAUGCUUGAGGUUAUUGCGACCAAAAUGGGCCUGGACAUACGUAAGAGUUCCUCGCUGUGGAAGGACAGGGCCCUCGUGGAGAUGAACAUAUCUGUUCUUCAUAGCUUCCAGUCCCAGGGUGUUACCAUCACUGACCAUCAUGCUGCUUCAGAGUCGUUCGUAAAGUUCAUGGAGAAUGAACAAAAGAACCGAGGUGGCUGUCCGGCGGACUGGGUGUGGAUCAUACCUCCGAUGAGUGGGAGCAUCACUCCUGUAUUUCACCAAGAGAUGCUGCGCUAUAAAAUCAAACCCUCUUACGAGCCCAUGGAAGAUCCCUGGAAAACAUAUGUCUGGAAAAAGGACCGGGACAAAACAAAAUCUCUAGACCGACCAAAGAGGAAAUUCGGAUUCAAAGAACUCGCACGAGCUGUGAAGUUUUCAGCCAAAUUAAUGAAUAAGGCACUCGCACGGCGUGUGAAGUGUACCAUAUUGUACGCUACCGAAACGGGUAAAUCCGAAAGGUUUGCAAACACCCUGUGUGAGAUCUUCAAACAUGGAUUCGAUGCUAAGGUCCUCAGUAUGGAUGCGUACGACAUCAUUGACCUCGAACACGAAGCACUUGUCCUAUUUGUCUCUAGCACAUUUGGUAACGGCGAUCCUCCUGAAAAUGGAGAGUCGUUUGCCAAGAACCUGCACGACCUCAAGAGCCCAAAGAACACAAAGAAUGGAGAGAGUGUGUCCAUGUCCUACUUCCGGAUGAGCACGGCUAGCGACUCGGAAUCGCCGAUCGAAAACAAAGAGAAAGAAGAUGAUGAUGAUAAUUUGAAUGCAGAGACAGGUCCUCUCAGCAACUUACGUUACUCUGUGUUCGGGCUGGGAUCUCGGGCCUAUCCAAACUUCUGUGCAUUCGCUCACUUUGUUGACAAUAUGCUUAAUGCCCUUGGAGGCGAACGGAUCAGUAAGAUGGGAGAGGGUGACGAGCUCUGUGGACAAGAGGAGUCCUUCAAACUGUGGGCACAAGAUACAUUCAAGAUGGCAUGCGAAACAUUCUGUGUUGGCGACGCUAAUGCCAUCCAGGAAGCGACAGGUGCUCUGUCCAAUACAGACUUUUCGUGGUCCCCUGGCAAGUUCCGACUGACACCGGAGGAUAAUGACAAAGAGAUAGACAUCACCGGAUCGUUGACAAAGCUACACGGCAGACAAGUACAAUCGUGUAAACUGAUAUCGACAGAACAACUACAGUCCAAGGACUCCAGUCGGGAGACCAUGCUCAUUAGGUUAGACACUAUGGGUGCAGAGGACCUCAACUAUGCUCCCGGGGACCACAUUGCAAUAUUCCCUGCUAAUUCCACGAAGCUGGUGGACGGGGUACUGUCCAGGCUACACAAUGCUCCCCCUCCCGAUCAGCUGAUUAAGUUGGAGGUUCUUCAGGAGAGAACCACACCACUAGGAACUACGAAGAGUUGGUGUCACUUUGAAAGGAUCCCCGUGUGUACGAUGCGCACAGCCUUUGCACACUUCCUUGACAUAACCACGCCCCCGUCCCAGGCGUUCCUGCACCUGCUGGCCACACAGUCGUCUCGAGACGUAGAUAGGAUCAAACUGGAAAACCUAGCUAAUGAUAUCCACGCUUACGAGGACUGGAAGGCGGAUACUCAGCCAAACCUGGUGGAGAUUCUAGAGGAGUUCCCUUCGGUCAAGGUCAACCCGUCCUUACUGAUGACACAGAUGCCUCUGCUACAGCAGCGCUUCUACAGCAUCAGCUCGUCCCCACAGGCUUACCCCGGGGAAAUCCACGCCACAGUCGCCAUUGUUAGAUACCAGACAAUGGGUGGCGUCGGACCGGAACACGAGGGGGUGUGUUCCACGUGGCUUAGCAGACUACAAGUAGGGGAUAUCGUGCCUUGUCUCGUUAGAACGGCCCCUCAGUUCCACCUGCCGGAGGAUGCCACACUGCCGACCAUCAUGAUAGGACCCGGUACCGGAAUAGCGCCGUUCAGGAGCUUCUGGCAACAGCGGAAGAUUGACCGGGAUAUGCUGCCGGAACCAACACAUGGAGAGAAGAAAGGAUGGGGAGACAUAUACCUUUACUUUGGGUGUAGGCAGAACAACGUGGACCAUAUCUACAAAUCAGAGUUAACCCAGGCGGAAAAAGACAAAUCUAUCACCAAUGUGUACACAGCACUGUCCCGGGAGCCGGGGGUACCAAAGGUGUACGUCCAAGAUGUGCUGAAACAGAACGGGAAGGAGGUGUUUGAGCAAAUCCUUCGUCGUGGAGGGCACGUGUAUGUAUGUGGUGAUGUGCAGAUGGCGAACGACGUCUCAACAACACUUUGUAAAAUCAUACAAGAGUAUGGGAAAUUAUCGGCGGAAGAUGCGAAAUUCGUCAUGCUGAAAUUAAGGGAGGCCAAUCGGUUCCAUGAAGACAUCUUUGGUGUGGGCGUUAAGUCAGAGGCUACGGCUCGUGACCAGGCUAAACGCGCGUGGAAAUACAUCAACGCUGCGAGCAAGCCGACGUCAAACAAAGAAGUAGCCUCCCCGAUACCUGCCGCUGACAAGCGUACACCCCGUGGAAAACCCCGACCCCCCUUAAGACGAACAUCCAUACAGCUGACAUCACCAGAAUGACUGUAUACAACCAGGCGUGUUACAGGAAUUAUCGCAACAAAGACGAAAACCAUCAUAAACUAGUUAUCUAGUGCUUCAUAUUGAAAAAUCAAUUUAAUCACGUGCAAUGAUUUAUUUUGGUCGUCUUGAAAUAUAUGAACGUUUAAAACUUGUGUACAACAGAUUGUAUUUAUCAAUGUGUGUAUGUGACGCACAUUUAUUUUAUUUAAUAAUUAAUGUUAACUUUGUCUGUACCAGGUAAGUAACAGAAAAAUAUAAUCUGUGCGUCAAAAUUACCACCUCUUGUCUUCUGGUCCCGAUCUUCACAAAUGUUGCAAAUAUACAACACUUAAGUCUCCCUUCAAAUAUACACAACACCAACAGAUAUAUACAACAAUUUGUGUCCAAAAAGUGUACACAUCUGUAGUUAAUAUACAACAAUGUGUGUCCAAUAAAAUCUACACAACUGUCGUAAAUAUGCAGCACUUAAGUCUCCCUUCAAAUAAAUACAUCAACAGCAAAACUCGGUGUAUCUACUAAAAUAUACACAACUUAAUUAAUAUACAAUAUGUUUGUCGCAAAAAUAGCUCACAUGAGCUAAUAUUCUUUGUCAAUAUGUGUGCGACGUUAUAUAAAGUUUCUUAUCUUAACAUUUUUUAUCUCCGUUAUACCUAAAGAACAGGGUCCAGUUGUUAAAAAUGUGAUUAGCUUAAUCACUUGAUUAGUGAAAAAUUCAUUUCUCAUUUGUUGCAAAACCUGUGAGUGUAUCAUCUUUAAAUUAUGUCAGCUGGAAGAGAGGAAAGAAUUACAUAAUUUCAUAAAGUUUUGUCUGGUAAGUUCGACCAGAAAUUUUUAUAUCAGGAUUUGAAAAAUGUUGUUAAAAUGUUAUUAGCCUACUCACCUUUUGAACAACUGGGCCCAGAUGUGAAUAUCCAACGUUUUUUGUCUCCUGUUGUAUCUACAACAGAAGGAAAUAUCUAACAUUUUUCCUCAAGUUAAAUCUACACAACAGCUGUUAUAGAUACAAUCACGUUUUACCCCGUUAAGUAAACACAAACGUUACCAAUAUACAACAUUCUUGACUCUUAUCAAGUAAAUAAGCAAUAACUUUGUCUGCUAUGAUGUCUACUACAGCAGUAGAAAAAAAUCCAAUACUGUCGUCUCUAAAUUUGACAACAGUUCAAAUAUACACAACAGCAAAGGCAGAAAAUAUUCAACCCUUUUGUUUCAAUCAAAUAUUCAACACUCUUUUGCCAUCAAAUAUACACAACAGCAAAGCAGUAAAUAUUCAACACUUUAAUUUCCAUCAAAUAUUCACAACAGCAAAGGCAGUAAAUAUUCAACACUUUUAUUUCCAUCAAAUAUACACAACAGCAAAGGCAGUAAAUAUUCAACACUUUUAUUUCCAUCAAAUAUUCAACACUUUUAUUUCCAUCAAAUAUACACAACAGCAAAGGCAGUAAAUAUUCAACACUUCUAUUUCCAUCAAAUAUUCAACACUUUUAUUUCCAUCAAAUAUACACAACAGCAAAGGCAGUAAAUAUUCAACACUUUUAUUUCCAUCAAAUAUUCAACACUUUUAUUUCCAUCAAAUAUACACAACAACAAAGGCAGUAGAUAUUCAACACUUUUGUAUCCGCCAAAUACAUACAAUAACAAUAGAUAUCAAGUACCGAUCUGUUACUUAACAGCGUAAACCCAAUACUGUAUUUCAACAUCUUUCAAAUACGUUAGAUUUAUAUAUUUCAACAUUCACACAAAUGCAAAUAAAUUGGUCCUAUUAAUGGCACACUGUAUAGAAUAUAGCCCUGUCUUUUAGACGCUUUGAAAACAGGACAUGCGCGUGACUUAAUGCUGGUUUUUGUAACAAAUUCAAUUAAUAAAUAAUUAGAUAUAAAAGUUAGAUUAACCUGUUAUGAGGAGAAUUGAUGUUUUGUUGUAAACAGAGCGUAAUUAUCGUAUUAUAUAGUCUACUGUUGUUACAGAGAAUCUGAUACAUUCGUCCAUCAGUAGGAUGGUCGAUAUACCAGGAUUAUAGACAGAGUUGUCUACCAACAGAGCUGUUGGUGUAGAAUUGGUUAGAAUGUUUCGUUACGUUUAGAGCUGUUGGUGUAGAAUUGGUUAGACUGUUUCGUUACGUUUAGAGCUGUUUUGUUCAGUAAAACAAUGUAGCAUUUAGAUACAGGUAUCGCGUGCAAUGUUAGCAAUAUUUUGGAUGUGUAUAUCGUGUGGUUUUAUUUUCUAUUUUAAGUGCCAGUGUUUAGGUCUCUUGUCAUGGUAGCUUAUUUACCAGCAAUAUCAUUGAUAUGUUUACAAUGUAUGUUUUUUUAUCAUUAUUGUUAUAAUUAUAGACAGGUUUUAAUCUUUCUCUCCUGACCUAAAACUUUAAUGUCGUGACUUGUUUUAAGCUGUUCUAUUUAACAAAAGGACAGCGUGAUUGUGAGCUAGGAAAGUCAGUAGUAAUUACUUGGUCGAAUAUGGUUUUAAAUCAAAAACAAUAUAUUUUAUGAUGAGUGUUAAUAUAGCCACGCUUAACCUUUUUGCCACUUUGUCUUGCAGUCAAUAACGUUUUUGACCAUGUAAUGCAAAAUACAGACUUUCGCUUUAUAAACUGCCACGCUGAGUUGAUAAUUUUAACAUUUGAAACGUGGUAUAGCAAUACUUUAUCACUUAUAGCUCAUUAAGAUUCUGUUAUAAUUCUGUGCUGGUUGACGUGGAGCUGUUAAUAAUGUAUCGUAUAAACCUAUUAGAGUUGUGAUUGAUACAAUUAACGGAAAUAUGUUCUGAUUAUUUAAUUAUUUAUUCAACAAGAUAAAAUCUUAUAUGUUGUUACAUAACCAAUGAGGAACUAUCAAUACCUCCUCGAUCGCUAAACAUUGAUAUCAAAACCACCCCCAUGUUUGUCAACGUAGCGCGACAUUUCAAAACGUUUCUGUGUUGAUUUACACUUAACGAUGUCAAUGAAUAUAAGCACAUCUAGAGAUGUAGACGUCAGUAUCUCAAAUAUAGCUACACGUGGCUAUGCUAAUGCUCUCACAUGUUGGAACACUUGGCUGUUUUAGUACCCUACAUUUUGGAACACGUAGCUAUGUUAACACACGUGUCAGUACAUGUUGCGAUGUCAAUACACGUGUCGGUGGGUACAUGUAGCGAUGUCAAUACACGUGUCGGUCGGUACAAAUAGCGAUGUCAAUACACGUGUCGGUGGGUACAUGUAUCGAUGUCAAUACACGUGUCGGUCGGUACAAAUAGCGAUGUCAAUACACGUGUCGGUGGGUACAUGUAGCGAUGUCAAUACACGUGUCGUUGGGUACAUGUAGCGAUGUCAAUACACAUGUCGGUCGGUACAUGUAGCGAUGUCAAUACACGUGUCGGUCGGUACAUGUAGUGAUGUCAAUACACAUGUCGGUGGGUACAUGUAGCGAUGUCAAUACACGUGUCGGUACAUGUAGCGAUGUCAAUACAUUUUACGUCAAUACACUCCUUGUAAUAUACACACCCUGUUCCUUAAUUGGUGUAAAUCUUUGAUUUCUAAUUAUAUAUUUUUACAUAAUUCAUAAUCAAAUGAAAAUAUUUUAAACUAUAUCAUAUUAUUCUUGUUGUGUGAAUACAUGAAAUAUAUUUGUUCAAACUUGUGUAUAAAUAUAACUUUUUUUCUGCUCUAGAAAAAUAACAACUUGUAUAGAGUAGCCCGGCGUACGACUGUUUUGUUUGACAGGUUGGAUAGAUCAUCAACAUUCUUCGUAAUCAGAUUAUUAUUGUAGAUUUAUCAUCUCAAAUGCUGUCACAAGAAUAUGUACCCUACCAGCAUUUGGGAAUUUGAUUUUUCCAUUUCAUUAGCGUUACCAUUGACGAUCAAAACAACUUUCAUAUUUCGCAAAAAAGAAGUUAUUUAUUAUCUAUUUAACAUCUCCACAGAAUACCUUAGAAUGCGAUUUAGUCCCUAGCCAACAUUUUGGAGAAGAAACAUAUCUUGAUUAACGUCUGAAAAGUGUUUUGCGCAAACGAAAUACUAUGGCAUGAAAAAAAUACUCAACUUGUAAUCUAUUCGACAAUAGCUAGGGUUUUGUGAAAUAACAUUAACGGAUAAAUAUCUGUCUGAUAAAACUAGAUAAAAUGUAUAGCAUACCGUCAUUUUCUGCUGGUGUUUUACGAACGAUACAGUCAUUAAUACGAUACCCCGGCGAUUGUUAUGUACCCAAAGGGACGGUUUGUAACAGAAUAUCCUUGUAAAUACAAUAUCUAAACAGAACUGUAACCGGACAUUUGAUGCAUGGUGGUUUGAUAAAUAUUUUUCUUCAAAAAGAAGUUUGUGACAAGAUACAUAUAUAUAUAUUUGUUGUUACUCAGAAUCUCUACUUUCUUGUUUUACAUGUUUAAGAUGCUGGGUUAAACGCUUUGUUACUUGGCUUGCGUGAUUAACAUGCUUAACUGAAGAAAGGUUUCUUAUUGAAAAGUUUCGCCAAUCUUGAAAUUAUUAGAUAUUAUAAUCGGACAGUAGGGCUUUUUUGUUCUAGAAACACUGCAAUAGUCAAUAAGGAUUUAUUAAUUAACAUGUACCUAACAUGAACCUAAAGUACUCGUUUUGAAACAGUUCACCGGGGCCAAUUAAUCUUAAGUGUACCGAAAUUGGUUACAGGUUUGAAAUAACUAAAUAUAUUUAUAUAAUCUAUAAUAUUACACUGAAAUGACGAAAACUGUAAUACAAAUUUUCCAUGUUAUCGCUUUUCAUCAGAAUAAGGGCAAAGGAACUUUUCAUGGAAAAAUAAAUCAUUUAUCUCGUAUAGAAAUACCAUUCAUAUACUAGUCAUUAUGACUGAGCUUUGUCCGAUCAGUAAUGCUUGUUAAAAAAGACAUGAUACCGAUUAUUGAUACAAAGGAACCUAUACGACAAGGAAAUGUUGUUAAAUCGAGAAUUUUUCAUCUGUGAAUCUCCUGUCUUUGUUAUAUACGUAAGCAAACUUCUUUCAACAAAUUAAAAUAAACUCUUACUUCAUGAG